GCGUCGGCGCACUCCCGAGUCGCAAAAUAGACCGACCCGCGCGUCAAUCGGAGGGGGUUCCAUAGUGUCGUGGACUGCGGCCCAGUAGGUGCCGAGUGUGUAAGCGGAGGAGGAUCACUUGGAAGCCGAGCUCCGAGGUUACACGAAGGAACCGUCCAAGAUGACAAGGAUCUGCAGGACUGUCGCCUCGCUUCUGGUCGUCAUUAGCGCCACCUGGACAGCCGUGCUUGGAGCAGCACUGCAGUACGGCUGGGGCAUGCCUUACUAUGGUUACGGCCUGGGCGGCUUGGGCUACGGCUUGGGCUACGGAAUGUACGGGGGCUUGGGCUACGGCUUGGGCGGCUUGGGUUACGGCUUGGGCUACGGCAUGGGCUAUGGCUUGGGCUACGGCCUGGGCUUCGGACUCGACUACGACUACUACGGCAUGGGUGGUCUGGGAUUGUACGGUGGCUUGGGGAUGUACGGCUUGGGCAAGAAGUGAUCGCUGCCGAGACUACGACGUCAGCGGCAAGGCGAGUGACGUCACGAGCAAGCAUCGUGAAGGGCCCGCAAGGGGGAGAGGCGGGGAAAGGACAGCUCGCCGAGGACGACGCAGCCGGUAUAAAAAAAGUGCGCCUCU